UUAAAAUACAGAUAGAGAAACGGAGAUGGAAGAAAGAAGUGUAAGCAAAACCUGUAAUUAUCUGUACCUGAGGGGACCUAAUGGACGCUCACACCUGUUCACCUGUCCUAUUAACCUAACUUAUUCUAUCCACUUGUCCUAUUUAAUCCACUUGUAUCAUUUUCUUGACCUAUGCACCUGUUCUAUCCUUCUGUUCUGUUCUGUUCACCUGUCCUAUCCACCUGUCCUGUCCACCUGUUCCACCCACCUGUGCUAUUCUGUUCACCUGUCCACUCAUUCACCUUUAUGAGUAGCGGGGCCUCUUCUUCGGUGGCUCCUCAUCAUCAUCUUCUGAGCGCACUAUGAUGACGCUGUCCUCUUCCCUACACAGCCUCAGGUUCAGGCUAAAGGGGAUUGAGAACAGUUUUAAAGGAGUCGAGUCUGAGGUUAAGUGAAUCGAGUCAGAGUCAAAGGACACCGAAUCUGAAUUUAAGGGAGUCGAGUUUGCGUUUAAGGGGGACGAGUCCGAGUUAGAGGGAAUCGAAUCCGAAUUUUGAGGAAUCGAAUCCGAAUUUUGGGGAACUGAAUCCGAAGUUAAAGGAAUCGAGUCUUCAUGUGAGGGAGUCCGAUCACCCAUCACGCCGCUGGACGAGGAAAGGAGACUGAUCCACCAGGCCACUCCAUUGGGCGGCCACUUCACUGCGUUACUCCACUGCCCCACCAGCGCCUGCACGCCCUCGGAGGAGACGUACCAGACCAGCACAAAGAUGGCAGUGAGGGGGGGCAAAACAGUGUUCAUUGAUGCCUCAGCACUUGGGGAGCUGACGAGCCAGCUGACGUCCCAAGACCUAGAGAGUCUGGUGGGCUUCAACAUCCAGCCGGCAGACUUGGAGGCUCUGCAGGAGGCAACUGAGGGUCAUGUGGUGGACACUCCUGGAGUGCUCAUCUCUGAUGGGGUGACAGUGGGCAACAUUGUGGAGGUGGAGGGUGGAGAGAGUGGAGUGCUGGAAGAGUCUCAGCAGCUGGACUCCCAUGCUCACCACCAGCCAAUGGAAGUGGACACCCUCACUGACCAUGACCAGGUCAUUGGUGAAAUGGACAUGCUGCAGCAGGGUGGUGAGCUGAUUGGCAUGGCAGGAGAGAUGUCCACAGGCAGUGAGGCUGCCACCACCUCGGCUCUGCUGGCUUCUGUGUCUUCGGGUGACUCCUCUUCCUCCCAGAUAGUUUCAGAGACGCCACAGCUCAUAAAGAGCAGCUUGGGCCAGUUUGUAGUUCUGCAGCAGAACCAGCAGAAUAACAUCUCUAUUGGUUCUAUGGCCAACCGAAUCAUCACAUCAGGCGGCCAGGUGGUGAGCACAGUGUCGGGCCCUAGCAGCAGCAACAACAGCAAGCCGGUGGUGGUGAACACAUCUCAGCUCAGUGGGGGAGUGAGGCAGCAGAUGGUGGUCACCUCGCAGGCCCACCCAGUGCGGACGGAGCAUCAAACCAGAUUCCUCCAGGAACCAUCAUCCCACACACCACAAAGCCACAGCCUUCUCGCACAAUCAUUGAUGCAAAUGGGAUCAGACCAAGAAAACCUUGCAACUGUACAAAGAGCCUUCCCACCCUCCCAGAGCCUCCCAGCAGAGGCUAGGAGGGUCAGGUUGGUCUGAGGCAUCCCACCCGACACAUUGGAUGAGCCUGAGCCGGACACUGGGAUGAUCACGCGCUGCUUGUUCCUCUGCAUAGGAGUGGUGAGGGGAUUAAGACUGAAGUUACUUGAAGCAAUUUAAUUCAACAUGAGAAAAAAUUACAUGUACACCAACUCAUCAUUUAUUUGGUUCUACUAUUUCAAAGGGGGAAUUAGUUUCAACUAGAGGUGCAUGCCAAGUAUACAGUACUGUAACCAUCCUACCCAUGGCUAGUUACCUGCCAUGUGUACUGCUACAUACCAUACCAACACUGCCAUCACAGCAUGGUAAUCAUAACAGUAAGAGCAAAGUCAAACUUACGGUCUGAUUGGGAGCAAUGGGCAUAGCCUUAAUUUUGAUGGGCUGAGAGGCAGCAGGAGCAAUGGGCUUGUUGGUGGGAGGUGUUGGGCGUAUGAGUGUGGCGCUGCCUCCUCCUCCUCCUCCACCAACUCCAGGACUCACUAGUCGAAUAUAGUUCAUCUGAAGCACAUACAAAGCAAUCAGAAAGCAGUACAUCAUUAUCUAUUAUUAUUAUUAUCAUUAUUAUUAUUAUUAUUAUUAUUAUUGUUAUUAUUAUUAUUAUUAUUAUUAUUAUUGCUACUACUAUGUUUGAUCAACUUGAAUAGUUGAUGUCCUACUCUAUAUUUGAUCAACUUGAAUAGUUGAUGGAUAUGAAAAGAAGAGGAAGCAAGGAGAAGAGAUUACAGAGUUACAAGAGAGUAUUCAAGCUUAAAACAGACAAUUCUGUUUAGAAGCCACAUAUACUAUCACAUAACUAGAAAUGAGGGAAAGGAGGGCAAACUACCAUCCUGUGCAAAGGGUCACACAAUUGAUCCCUAGCUACAUCAUGAUCACACACCAAGUACCGCAAUACAACAGGCUACAACCUUCCCCUGGAACAAUUUUAAUUUUACUACUACAGAGUGGCGAUAUUAGCACCAAUCCCGGCCCCCAGUGUAGCAAAGUGAUUGAAAAUAGUGUGCAGACAAGAGAGGAAGGUAAAAGACGCCCAAAAAAUACAUGUGCGCAUUGUGGGAGAGGAAUUAUUAAAACCAGCAAAACAAAGGAAUGUGAAGAAUGUAGCUGCAAAGUUCACUUAAAGUGCAUGAAAAAUAUAGUACAAAAUAAGAAAAGUGAAAGGAAAAUAUGUGAAUUGUGUAAAAAAGGCAUUUACAGGAACAGUAAAUCAUUAACAUGUGAUCUAUGUAAAAAAGAAACUCAUCUGAAGUGCAUUAGUGGUAACAAGAAAUACAUUACAUGGCAAGAAAAACAGUGUAAACACAUAUGUAAUUUGUGCUGUCUAGCUGAAUUGCCUUUCCAAGAAAAGCAUCACACUGCAAACGCACAGAUAAAUGAAGGUACAGGCAAUAUAAAUGAAGAAGUUAAUGAAGAACAUACUGACAUCACUACACCAUCAAAAAGUGACAACAAAAUUUAUGAAACUUUUAAUAACAAAGGGUUACACAUAGUACACAUAAACAGCCGCUCACUCAUGAACAAACUGGAAGAAAUAAAGAUAUUGGCACUCAAAACUAAUGCGGCAGUAUUGUGCAUUACAGAAACUUGGCUGGACGAUUCAGUUACCAACAAUGAAAUAGAAAUUAACGGAUAUCAGGUAAUAAGAAAAGAUAGAAACAGGAAUGGAGGAGGAGUGUGUAUAUACAUAAAGUCAUGUUUAAGCAUCAACCAAAGAAAUGAUGUUGACACAGAGGGACUUGAAGUGAUUUGGUGUGAAAUACUUUUGCCAAAGACAAAACCUAUUAUUAUUGGAUGUUGCUAUAGACCUCCGCAGCAAAAUAAUGUUUUAGAAUUGCUUGAAGAAAAUAUCACAAAAUUUUCCCAAGAUGAUGAAGUUAUAAUUCAAGGUGAUAUGAACAUAUGUGUUCUUAAGAAAACAGGACAACUGUACAAAAGAUAUGUAAAUUUAAUUAAAAUGUUUGGUAUGGAACAACUAAUAAGUGAGGUGACCAGGGAAACCAGUAAAUCAUCAACUAUUA